AUGGCAAGCGGGGGGUCAACCCCCACGACCGUUCCCAUUCAUCCCUCGCCCCCGUCUUGGGCUCAAAUAGCUUCUAAACAUACUACUACCCAAGAGUCUUCUCCCCUCCAUAACCCUGCUGUCCUUCAGAAACUCAAGGAGUCUACUUCGGAUUUCAUCAAGCUUGACAAUGACACUCUGUCUCGAGCCCGUCUUCGCUUCCAGCACUCUCUCUUUGGAAAGUUCUUCGGAAAACCACCUUUGUUUGAACAAGUGAAGAAUAUCCUCUUGAAGAAAUGGGAACAUAUAGGAGAAAUUCAUAUCUCUGAUCUUCCUAAUGGUUUUAUUCUUAUCCGUUGUUCUAACCAAUCUGAACUGCAGCGUCUUCUUUCUGAAGGCCCCUGGACCAUCAAUGGCAUCAUUCUUCAAUUAUCUCCAUGGCACCCUUUUUUUGAACCUACCUUCACUAAACUUACAACUGCUGCUAUCUGGAUCCAACUUCAUAACUUGCCUAUUGAAUUCUGGAGUGGUGACACCCUUGAAACUAUCUCUAGUCACCUGGGUAGACUCUUGAAAAUUGAUGACCUUACUCUUUCUUUAACUCGAACCAAAUAUGCUAGAAUCUGUAUUGAAUUAGAUCUCUCUAAACCCCUUUGUAAAGGAUUCUGGCUUGGUGAUGAUCUUCACCGUGUAUUCAUUGUCGUCCUUUAUGAACGUCUUCCAACCUUCUGUUACUCCUGUGGAGUGAUAGGGCAUGGAUCCAGUUCUUGCAGUCGUGCUCCAGCAACCGGGAAUGCACCUGCUGGUCAGCCCCCUCGUUCUCAGCGAGGGAAGGAGGUAAGGCAGGAGCCCUCCCGGUGUUCUUGGAGCGGGGCAACGGAUUAUGGACCCUGGUUACUCGUUUCUCGCCGGCGUGGCCCUUCCCGUCCCCGUGGUGGUAGUGUUCGUACUCCCAAUGCGGCGGAGGGACCGGCAGCCGUGCUGAGAAGCGACGAGCGGCCUCCCCGCGGUGCUUCUGGGCAUAGCACACGUGGCGGUUUACGUGGUGGGGCUAGUGGGCGGCGCCUCUCCCCUCUUUCCACUUUGCACGAUAACCCAGGCCUAGCAGUCUCUGUUCCCUCUGACCACCCUGACAUCUCUGAUCCGCCCGUUGCUCUGCCCAAAGUGCCUGGGAACUCUAAUUCGCUUCUUUCCAAGGCGCCUCGGGACUCUUCUUUGGUCUCUGUAGCACCCCAUCCUGUCGCUUCCCAUAUCCCCAUGGAGAAUUCUCUUCCUCACACUCAACCCCUUCGGCUCCUUCCCAAGACUAUAGAUCCGUUGGAAUACAGGCACCGCUCUCCUCCCCCUGUCCUCUUGUCCUCUAUUGCUGAAGACUCUUCUCCUCCAGCAAACCCUAAUCCUGAACAUUCCAAUCUGGUUGAUCGGCUCACUGCUGCUCUAGAUGAUGGAUCCAUGGAAGAAGACAGUGACCAAGAUGAUGAUGAAUCCGAAAACUCGGAUGAUCAGAUGUCUGAAGAAGGAGAACCUGAGGAUCUCAUGACCCUCAAUCAAUUUCAAGAAGAAGCUCGGAGAGUAGCUCUUAUUCGUAAGAGUCCUCUCCUCGAUGUGGAAUCCCAAAAGAAGGGACGCUUGGAGAUGGGGAAGCUCUUUUACCCUUUUUUGGGUCUCUCAUCCCGGGAAACCCUGACUCGCAUUCUUCGUCUUCUUCGUCUGAAAGACCUUUCUAUUCUUUGUCUUGUGGAAACCAGAGCAAACUCGUCUCGAGUUGGUAAGUUCUGCUCUAAGCUCCCGCGGUCUUGGGCUUGGGCUUCUAUCCUCGCUGAGGGUUUCUCUGGUGGUAUUUUCGUCUGCUGGAAGAAAUCCUUAGGCCUAGUGACUCCUAUUGCUCUAUCCCGGCGUAUUCUUCAUCUGGUGAUAUCCUCUAACUUAUACUCUAGUAUUAUUAUUUCCGUCGUCUAUAACUCUAGUCGUAUAUAUUCUCAAUGCGAGGUUUGGAAUGAACUUUCUAAAAUUUCCUCUUUUCGUCUCCCUUGGUUAAUUAUCGGUGAUUUCAAUUCCAUUUUAUAUCCUAAUGAACACAAGGGUGGUCGUUUUUCUUACUACUCCCGCAAAGCUUCUUUUUUCCGUGGUUUUCUUGAUGCUAAUAAUCUCUUUGAUCUUAAUUUCUCCGGAUCCCCUUUCACUUGGUGCAAUAAUCAAAGCGGUUUAGCUCGCCGUUGGGCCCGUCUUGAUCGUUGCAUUGUUAAUUUGGAUUGGGUUUCUUGUUUUAAAAAAUAUUCUCUCUCUCACCUCUCUCGUAGCUUUUCGGAUCAUUCUCCUCUUGUCUUGUCGGUUUCUCUUCUUGAUACUGCCAAUCGGUAUUUAUUCAGAUUUGAGAAUUACUGGUUGGACUAUAUUGGUUGCCAUGAUGUUGUCAGGCAAGCUCUUCGUUCUCCUGCCCAUGGUAACCCUCUUCAUAUUUUCUCACAUCUGCUUUCUUAUGUCAGAUUCAAGCUUAACAUUUGGAAACGGAAGGGUGCUAAUUCUUUAGAGAUUGCUAUCCAGCAGACCGAAACUGAAAUUGCUAAUUUAGAGGGCUUGGAUGGUUCUGUUGCUUCUCAAUCUAAUCUUUCUGCCCAAUAUGCUAGACUUGCUGCUCUACAACGACAAAUCUCUAUCAAAUGGGCUCAGCGCGCUCGUCUUCUGUGGGUUUGUGAUGGAGAUAAGAAUACCAGUUUCUUUCACAACUCCGCCCGCAUUCAUGCUCAUCAUAAUUUCAUUUCUUGCAUUACGGAUCCUUCAGGUAACAUUCUUUCCGAUCAUUCUAGCAUUGAGCAUGCAUUCAUGGACUUCUACUCUAAUCUUUGGACUGAUCCUAGUCUCAAUAAUCAUGAUAUUUAUACUGAAAUUCUCAAUGCCCUGCCCGAUGACCUCCCUAGUAUUCCUCCUGAUAUGGGCCACCUCCUUGUCAGGGAAGUUACCAAAGAGGAAGUCUUCCUUGCUCUUCUUGAUCUCCCCACUGGCAAGUCCCCUGGCCCGGAUGGUUUUAAUGUUGAAUUUUAUCGUUUCUUCUGGGAUGACUUUGGUGAUCAUUUACUUGAAGCUAUUAGAUAUUUCUUGCAUACCUCCCACCUCCCUUCUUCUUGGGGUCGAGAAACAGCGAGGUUUCAUUUCGAGCGUGGGGCUUUUGAUAAUGUCUUAGCGAGUUCAAGAGUUGUCCAUUCAGCUGACUUCGAUCGUCUUAACCCCCCUAGGAUGUUAAUUAAACUGGAUAUUGCGAAAGCUUAUGAUACCAUCAAUUGGAGUGCAAUUCUUGCUACCCUUACUAAAAUGAAAUUCCCUGAAAUCUGGAUCUCCUGGAUCCGUGCUACUUUUCUUUCUUCUUCUUUCUCCAUUCUUGUUAAUGGUACUCCUACCCCCUGGUUCUCCUCCUCUAGAGAUGAUAUUAUUCUGAUUACUAAAGCCUCUAGACUUGUUGCCCGUAAUAUUAAUCUUUGCCUCUCCAUUUACUCCAGAUUGACUGGGCAGUGCCCUAAUCAUGCUAAAUCUCAGAUUUAUCUUCCUUCCUGGUUUAAUAAAAGGGUAGCUCAUAGUAUUUGCUCUAUUACUGGCUUCUCUCAAGCUCAAUUUCCACUUUCUUACUUGGGAAUCCUCAUUUCGCCCAAGAAACUCAGUGUUCUCUCCUUUAAACCAAUGCUUGAUAAGAUUAAAUUUAUGUGCUCCCGUUGGAAAUCAUAUAAACUCUCUUCUGCUGCCAAAUCGAUCCUUAUUAACUCUUCCAUUCUUUCAAUUCCAACUUAUUAUCUCUCUGCUUAUCCUGUGCCUGAUUCAAUUCUUCAGGAGAUCACUCGCCUUGUCAAGGAUUUCUUUUGGUUUAAAGGGGGCAAUGGAAAGGGCAUCCAUGCAGUGAAUUGGCGUUGUAUCACUGAUAAUAAAUCUGAGGGGGGUUUAGGUCACCGAAAUCUUCAUUUUGCCAAAACUUCUCUUAUGGCCAAAAAUGUUUUUAAAUAUCUAAAUUCUGAUAAUAUCUUUUGGGUUGAUAUUGCUCGUCUUAAGUAUGGUUGUCUUAAUUUUUGGAUUGAUCCUAUCCCUGCCAAUUGUUCUUGGGUUUUCAGAGGCAUUUGUCGUACUGCUAGUUUAUUAAAACAUAAUCUUUGGAUCAAACCCUUUAAUCCUGCUCAAACUUCUUUCUUCUUUGAUCCUUGGUUAUUUGAUAUCCCCCUUGCUUUCAAACCCACCUAUCUGAAUGUUCAUGCUGAUCUGCAUUCUAUUAGCUUUUCUGGGUUCUUUUUAAAUGAUCAGUGGAAUCAUGAUAUGCUUAUUUUUACUUUUGGGGAUUUUUUGGGCUCCUUGGUCCCUAACUUAUGCAAUUAUGAGCAUGGUUCCACCAAUUCCUGGGUUUGGCAGCCUCACUCUUCUAACCUGAAACUUUCUUCAGCCAUCUAUCAUCACCUUAAUAGCAAUACUGAUUUGGUUCUUGAGUGGCCUGGUUGGCAUAAGCUCUGGAGGCUUCAUGUUGCUCCGCGUGUCAAGCACUUCAUUUGGCUUAUGUUCCAUGGUAGACUCUCUACUACCGAUUUCCUGAAUAGCAUUAACAUUGGUCCCAAUACACUUUGCAUUUUCUGCAACCUUGAAAAUGAAUCCAUGGAGCAUUUAUUCCUUGAUUGCCGCUAUGCUCAACUGGUCUGGAACCUGAUUAAUCAUAAACUCAAUACUACUAUUUCUUUCCCUGAUAAUAUUUCUGCUGGCUUUUGGCUCACUGAUUAUAACCUCUCAUUCCAUCAUUGUCUCGUCAUUCUUUCGCUUGCUUAUGGCUGCUGCACAAUUUAUGCUGAUUCAAUCAUUGAAGCCGGUCUUCAAGCUCUCUGUAUUGCAAUUCGCUCUUCUCUUGAUCGUCAUAUGGACUUCCGCUGCAUUCUUCACUGCAAUCGAGAUUUAUCUCAACUUCUGAAGGCUGAUCGUAAUCCUGUCGUUUGGAGAUCCUCUCACUCUAUUGCUGAUUGCAUCCAUCUUCUUCAUUUGGCGAGCAACCCUUCAUUGAUAGACAUCUCUCCCAAAUGGAAUGCCCCAGCCUUUGCCCUCUCCAAUGCUGGCAAUAACAAUCAUUCUCUCUGCCUCUUUCUAUCGGGCCGCGAUUUGCCUCGAUGGAUUAUGAAGAUUAUAUCCGAUUUUGGUUUCCAUUUUUAG